AUGCUGAGGCUGUGUGCCGUGUUCAUCUGCCUUCUGUGUGGGGUGAAAACAGAUCCUGGGGAGACAUGCCCUGCAUUCACAGCUCUCAGCAUCAGCAAUGCUUUGGUAGGAACCGACCUGAAGGUGAAGCUGCUGCUCUACACCAGACAGAACCAAAACUGUGCUGAAGAGCUUAAUUCAACAGCCUCCAGGUACCUAGAUGUGACCAAGAAAACAACCUUCAUCAUCCACGGAUACCGACUCACAGGCUCUGCCCCUGUCUGGAUCCCUGACUUGGUGCAUCUUCUGCUUUCUGUAGAAGACAUGAAUGUGAUCCUUGUGGAUUGGAACCGGGGAGCAACAACUCUCAUCUACAGUAAUGCUUCCAGAAACUGCAAAAAAGUUGCUGAGAUUCUGAAGAAAUUUAUUGAUGAAAUGCUGGUUGCUGGAGCAUCACUUGCCUCCUUGCACAUGAUAGGAGUGAGCCUGGGAGCACACAUCUCUGGCUUUGUGGGACAGAUGUUCCAAGGAACACUUGGAAGAAUCACAGGCCUUGACCCCGCAGGACCCCUGUACAGAGGAAAGCCGCCGGGGGAGAGGCUCGAUCCCACAGACGCACAGUUUGUUGACGUCAUUCAUUCUGACACUGACGGACUAGGUUACACAGAAGCACUGGGCCACAUAGACUUCUACCCCAAUGGUGGGACCGACCAGCCUGGCUGUCCACUGACCAUAUUUUCUGGACUGCAGUAUUUUAAGUGUGACCACCAGAGGUCUGUUCUCCUGUUCAUGGCGUCGCUGAAGCAGAGCUGCAACAUCACUGGGUACCCGUGUGACUCCUACAGAAAGUACAGGCAUGGCAAGUGUACCAGCUGUGAAAGCUUCUGGCCCAUGCCAUGCCCCAUCCUAGGUUAUGAUGUCCACAAGUGGAAAGACUAUUUAACACAACAGAACCAUGCAGGGACAAGCAUGUUUUUUGAUACAGCAGACAAAGAGCCAUUUUGUAUGUAUCACUACUUUGUGGAUAUCACUACGUGGAACAAAGACACCAGAAGAGGCACCUUCAGCAUUGUGCUAGCUGAUGAAACGGGAAAGAAGGCAGAAGCUAAAGUUAACCCAGAAGCUGCAGCUUUUCAGCAGUACGACCAAAUCACUUUGCUAAUUGGAUUUGACCAGGAUUUGGAAAACAUAGAAAGAAUUUCCUUGACAUUUUCCACAGGAUCUGUCAUUGGCCCCAAAUUCAAACUCAGGAUCCUCCAAAUGAGGUUCCGGUCACUUACAAACCCAGGAAGACCACAGCUAUGCAGAUAUGACCUUGUCCUGAUGGAGAACACCAAAAAAACCUUCAAGCCCAUCCCAUGUUGGAGCAGGAGCUGAGACCCGAGUGCGUUACCUCUGAACACCGCAGCCAUGGGAGGGCUCACCUGUGAGUUCCUCGGAGCCUUCUGU